GCGACUUGGUCCCGCGGGCUCUUACAUGCCUCUGUCGCCGUCUCGGUUCCUCUGUGUCUGGAGAGACGUCGAGCCUGGGAUCGAGGAGGACUGAGCGCGGGUCCUUUUAAGCUUGAGGCGCUGGAGGGAGCAGGAGACCCCCGGGUGCGGGCGCCAGGCGAGGGUCGCGCGCGGCCCCUGGGCCUCUGGGUAGAUAGAACCGUGGACCCCCGCUACCGCGGCGGGGGCUCUCCUGCGCGCCCCGGGGAAGGAGUCGCCAUGGAGCCUGGGGGCAGAGGGUCACGUUCUGAGGCCUCUGACACUCCCCAUCCUGGAAACCCAACAGAAAAUGGCGUGACCUCUGCAUCCCAGGAGACGGUGGUGAUCAGGGACGUGUCUGAGGCUGUCACCCAGUGGGGGCAGCUGAACCCUCCUCAGGGAGGUGUGCCCAAGAAGCACAGAGACCUGGUCUUGCUGGGGCUUCUGAUUUCCAAGCCUGAUGUAAUCUCUCAGUUGGAGUGUGGGGAGGAGCUGGAGAGAGAAGUCCCGAAAGCAGCCAGUCCAGACUGGGAGACAAUACCAGAAAGCAAGGAGCUAACUGCAGAGCAGGACGUUUCGGAAGAAGAGUCAGCCCCUGGGAUAUUAACAGAAAGAUUUCCAAAGGAAGGUGCCAGUGGAAGUGAGGAUUCUUUAGAGAGUCAGCAGAAAAACCAUGAGAAACAUUUACUGCAAGAGGUUGUCGGUCAGAAGAAAUCUGGGGAGAGAAGUUACCAGUGUGAUGAAUUUGGAAGAAAUUUUAAUCACAGGUCAUUAUUUAUUCAACAGCAAGGAGAGAAACUACGUAACUGUAAUUCAUUUAAAAAGAACUUAAAGCGAAAUUCAAAUGUAAUGCGGCAUGAGAAAAUUUGUGCAGGAAAGAAACCUUGGAAAUGUAGCGAGUGUGAGAAAGCCUUUAGCUACUACUCAGCUUUUGUCUUGCAUCAGAGAAUUCAUACAGGAGAAAAGCCCUAUGAGUGUCACGAGUGUGGCAAAGCCUUCAGCCAGAGCAUACACCUGACUCUGCACCAGAGGAUUCACACCGGAGAGAAACCCUACAAAUGUCACGAGUGUGGGAAAGCCUUCAGCCACCGCUCAGCCCUUAUUCGGCAUCAUAUAAUUCACACUGGAGAGAAGCCCUAUGAAUGCAGUGAGUGUGGGAAGGCCUUUAAUCAGAGCUCAUACCUCACUCAACACCAGCGAAUUCACACCGGAGAGAAACCUUAUGAGUGCAGUGAAUGUGGGAAGGCCUUCAGCCAAAGCACGUUCCUUACCCAGCACCAGGUCAUUCACACUGGAGAAAAACCCUACAAGUGUAACGAAUGUGGGAAAGCUUUUAGUGAUCGUUCAGGCCUCAUCCAGCACCAGAGAACUCAUACUGGGGAGAGGCCUUAUGAGUGUAACGAAUGUGGGAAAGCCUUCGGCUACUGUUCAGCCCUCACUCAACACCAGAGAACUCACACGGGGGAGAAACCCUACAAAUGCAACGAUUGCGCCAAAGCCUUCAGUGACCGCUCAGCCCUUAUCCGUCAUCAGAGAACACACACUGGAGAGAAACCUUACAAGUGUAAGGAUUGUGGGAAAGCCUUCAGCCAGAGCUCAUCUCUCACAAAGCACCAGAAAACUCACACUGGAGAGAAACCUUACAAGUGUAAGGAAUGUGGGAAAGCCUUCAGCCAGAGCUCAUCCCUUUCUCAACAUCAGAAAACUCAUGUUGGAGGGAAAGUCAAGGGAUACGGAAAAGCCCUUAGUGGCAAUUCAGCCUUUGGUCAACAAAAGAGAAUUCAUACUGGAUAAAGACCACAUAAAUGUGGUACAUUUGGAACAUACAUAUGGAACAUUUACUAUCCAUGAUGUGAGGACUGCAAAGAACUUUAACUGUGUUAUAAAAGAUAUGUUAAUGAGAUGUCUUUUUUAUAUGGAACGGAGCUUACUUAGAAUGUGAAAGAGGGGGUUUAGAUUUUUUAAAUGUCCUAAUGGAGGACAUUGUGAAUUUCCCAUGGGAUACAGGAAAAUUAUUUCCGACACUCUAAUGUGUAUGUAAGCUAUGGAAUCCUUGAGACAAGUAGGGUAUGCCAUGGCGGAAAGAGGGCAUCUUGGCCAGGCUAGGCAGUCUCUUAGUGCCAAGGGGAUGGACUUUUGAAGAGUGGUUCUUUUAGGGAGAUUGCAGAGGUAGAAAUAAGAGGUUGAGAAUUUACAAUGAUUUUGUCUGGAGUCAGGAGUAGUGGAGGAGGGGAAGUUGCCCUUAGUCUUAAGUGCAAGGCCAAAGGAGAUAGAUGGAAACCAUAGAGAAAAAGCUGGGGGAAUGAGCUCAAGAAACGUUGAUAGAGACAACUACUUGAAUGAGUACUCACAUCUAGGAAAAGUAUGAGACCAUGAGUUGGUCAGCCACAGUUUCCACGAAGGCAGCUUCCCCCAAAGCCAGGGGACAAUGGCUGGGCAGUUCGCUUCUGCACUUUGUGCCUUGUAGACUUUGCUGGCUGAGACGUCUCCUACUUAGAAUCAUUAACUCCGAGGGUCAGGCCUGCAGCCUAGAAAGGGGGAAUACAGAGCGACCUUCGACAUUUUCCAUCUGUUUUAAGCUAUCUGAAUUACCUGACAAUGUGCUUAUUUAUGAAGAUUUACUUCCAUUGUAUAUAGUUUGUACCUUAGACUUUUUCGUACCAUGGUAACCGUUAGUUGCAGACCUGAACUGCCACUACAUAUUAGGUUGUGAAAAACUUGAAAAGAUUUUGAAAUUUUUGCCUUUCACCAUUUUAUUCUUGGGUAGAGGCAGAUGACAUCUUUGUAUAUAUACUUUUUUCAUUGAAACUUUGAAGGUUAUUACUGGAAACAUUUUGAGUGCUGUAUUUUUAGCUUCCACGUUUGACUAAGAUGUGUCUUGUAUGGCUUUCUUUGAGUUUGUCCUGUUUGCUGAGCUUCUUGAAUCUGUAGGGUUAUGUCUUUUGCCAAAUUUGGGGGAUUUUCAGCCAUCAUUUCUUUGAAUACAUUUGCAGCCCCCACUCCCACCCCUUCUCUCCUUCCAGGACGCUGAUGACACAAAUGUUAGGUGUUUGGUUUUCAUCCCACAGGUUCCUGAGGCUUUGUUUGUUUUUUUUCCCUCAGUAAAUUUUUCUCUUAGUCUGCUCAAGCUGCCAUAACAAGAUACCACAAACUGGAUGGUUCAAACAACAGAAAUUAAUUUCUCACAGUUCUGGAGGCUGGAAGUCCAAGAUCAAGGUGUCAGCUUUGGUCUCUGGUGAGGCCUCUAUUCCUGGCUUGCAGAAGGCCACCUUCUAGAUGUGUCCUAACAUGGCCUUUUCUUGGUGUGUACAUGUGGAGGGGCGGGGAGGGGGGAGAGAGAGAGAGAGAGAGAUUGAGGUUUUCCUUUUGUUUAAAGGCCACCAGUCCUGUCAGAUUAGGAUCCCAGCCUUAUGACUUCAUUUAACCUUAAUUACAUCCAGAAAGCCCUAUCUCCAGAUAUAGUCACAUUUGGAGGUAGCACUUCAACAUAUGAAUUUGGAGGGGAUACAGUUCAGUCCAUAGCAUUUUGCCCCUGCCCUCCCAAUUCAUGUUCUUCUCACUUGCAAAGUACAUCCAUUCCAUCCCAACAAUGCCCCAAAGUCUUAACUUAUUCCAGCAUCAACUCUAAAGUCUCUUCCAAAUUACCAUGUACAUCAGAUGUGGAUGAAACUCAAGGUACAAUUCAUCCUGAGGCAGGUUCCUGUCCAGCCAGCUGUGAACUAUGAAACCAGACAAGUCACGUGCUUCCAAGCUGGGGUCAUGGUGGUGGGGCACAUGGCAGCAUUCCCACUCCAAAGGGAGGAAC